ACCACCCAUGUCAUCCCAUACAAAGGUGUUGGAUGACCUCCAGCAACCUCUCCUCCUUCCAGUAGAAGCCUACAUCACCACGGAACAUGAUCAACCACCGAUCGAGCUGCUCUCAGUUGAUGAAAUGUUAACAAAAUACUGCGAUGAGUUUGGAAUUUGGCAAUUCAGGCAUUUUGUUCUCACAUGUAUGGCAUGGGCACUUGAUGCCUUCCAUACCAUGGUUAUGAUAUUUUCUGACCGUGAACCUGGUUGGAUAUGUGAACCUGGUUUCACAUGUGCAUGGGAUGGGUCAGGCAAGCAGGGUGUCUGUGGGCUUCAGCCAGGUUCGUGGCAGUGGGAGGGCGGUAAAGCAAGUUCAACUGUAGCUGAGUGGGGACUCGUGUGUGAACAAAAAUACAAGGUUGGGUUGGUUCAAGCUUUAUUCUUUGUUGGCUCUAUGAUAGGUUCAGGAAUAUUUGGUCAUCUAUCCGAUUCAAAAUUUGGAAGAAAAGGGGCACUCAUGAUAGUAUGUGUUCUGAACGUUAUUUUUGCCCUGUUGACAUCAGUAUCACCCAACUACUGGACUUAUGUCCUCCUCCGUUUGUUAAACGGGUUCAGUAGCGGUGGAGUCGGCGUUUGUGCCUUCGUUCUUGCUACUGAACCCGUUGGCCCAAGUAAGCGUGGUAUUGCUGGCAUGUCCACCUUCUACUUUUUCUCGGGCGGAAUAGCGCUUCUCUCUGGCAUAGCUUACAUUUUCCAAUCAUGGCGCUCUCUAUACGUUGCUUCUUCCAUACCUUCAAUCCUCUUCCUUAUCUUCAUCCUCCCCUUCAUUUCCGAGUCUCCUCGUUGGUACCUUGUACAAGGCAAAACCGAACAAGCCAUGAAUAUCAUGCGCAAUAUCGCCAAAGCUAAUGGUAAACAACCCCUCCCUGAUAAUGUCUACAUUUUUCUAGAUGAAGAAGCUAAGAGUACAACUAAUCAUAAAGAAAUGAAAAACGAAACAAAAGAAAACGUUACAUGGUCAGUCCUCGACGUAAUUAAGUCCCCAUUAAUGAGAAAGCGUUUGUUUCUUCUUAUGAUAAUCAACUUUACAUGUUCUGUUGUGUACUAUGGGCUAAACUUAAACGUCGUAAACCUUAAAACCAAUCUCAACCUCAACGUGCUACUCAAUUCCGCGGCAGAAAUGCCAGCGUAUCUUUUGACAGCGAUCUUGAUAGAUAGGCUUGGGAGGAAGCCACUAGGCGUCGGAACCCAGUGGUUCAGCGGGAUGUUCUGCAUUAUAGGCAGCGUAAUGGGAAUCCAAGGGAGUUGGAAAGUAGUGAGGAUGGCUUGUGGAGUAUUAGGAAUUUUUGGGAUGGCUGGGACUUAUAACUUGUUAUAUAUAUAUGCAAUGGAGUUAUUUCCAACAGUAGUCAGAAACACAGCCCUUGGUUGCUCGAGGCAAGUCGGACAGUUAGGUAACAUACUCGUACCAUUUGUGGUGGUUAUGGAUGGCGGCAUUCCCUUUAUGGUGUUUGGGGCUUGCGGAAUACUUGGAGGAAUUCUUAUGUUUUCAUUACCAGAAACAUUAAACAAACCAUUGUACGACACCAUAAGUGGAUCAAUCUAUGACGAAGAAAACAAGUUGUCAUCUAUCGAUGCUUGAAUAAACUUAAAACGUACGUGCAAAAUGUAAAAAAAUACCACAAAGAUUUUAGUAAUUAAUUCCUAUAUGUACCUGUUUCUUGAGAUUUUCUGUAUAAAAAAUUUCAUCAUACUGCAAUUGUAAAAGUUAUGUACCUA